AUGAAACCUCUUAGCUUAGUACCAGAACGGCUCGACGAGUCAGAUCCAUCAGCGACGCCUACUCCGCCGCCAGAGCUUAACGACGAUCAUUCCGUGGCGGUUUGGGGUCUGCAGAUUGCCGGACAUAUCCGGCAGCUUCGGAACGCGGCUCGAGGCCUGAUGCCGAAGCUGUACAGGCUGUCGAGGCUCGUUGACCUGGGUCCUCAGGACUCUCCCAAACCGCAGGACCAGGUUUGGAAAUCUGGAAUCGUGCCGGAGUUUCCGAAGCUGUGCACGCACCUGUGGAGGAAGUUUCCGGAACACCCACGGAACCUGCAGCUUGAUAAGGUGGACCGAACUGCUCUCGAGGUGUUUGCCAGCUUCGGCUCGCAUUUCCAAGCCUCUCUGCAGCCCUGGUACGAGGUGCUGGUGGACCUGGCUCUAUUCAGGGAACACGCCCUUGUUCUGCUCAACGAUCUUGCCACCAGCAUUGUCACACUCUCUCCCAUGGUGAACCCUCUCGUGCUUCGCUCAUUCAUGGGCCUCUUCUCAGACUUCGUGCGAGUUAAUCUCCUCUCGUUGAGGGCAGGGAAGAAGAUGAUAGUGCAGGUGCAUGCACUGACAGUGCACUAUACCACCAACGGUCAAGUGCCAGAGUGCUACGACAGAGUGCUGCAGUACGUGCAGGCAUACGACACCCCCAUGCUGGGCCUAGAGGAGGAUCUCAUGACUGUUGCUCCCCGAAUCUCCAAGGCUGUGGACACCGUUGCUCCUAUCAUUCUCGCAUGGGAAGACACUCAGAAGCUUCGCACAGACAUCUUUGUGAAGCCGUUCGCGUCGUGGCCCGACGUGGCAUCCACCCCUCCGCCCUGGGAUCUUAUGUGCGAGGAGCUGGUGAGCAUGGAGGCAUACAGCGAGUGGGCGACCUUCGCCCUGCUCACAUGCCCCGUGGAGAUUGUAAAAGGCACGCGUGACGCUGCUGCUCUUAUCCAGGCUCUCCUCCACACGAGGGCCAUCGUGCCUCUGUUCAGGGAUGAGGUGCUGUGUGUGCAUGCAGAGGUGCAGCAGUGGGCGGUGGGGCGCAUGGGGGAGGGGAAGAAGGCGGCCAAGGCAGCAGCAAGGCACAGAGCGCAGGGAGCAGAGGAUGAGUAUCAGCGAUUGAGGGAGUGCUGUAGACUGCUGGGAGAUCUGGUAGGCUCUACCGGCAUGCAUGCCUGUCUGCAGCGAAUGGCAGAUUCGCACAGGAGGAGGCGCUUUCUGCUGGGCCACGAGGGCAGGCGCCUGCUGCUGAGGCUGGCGGAUGAGCCGUCACUGCUGCCGGCCAUGCUGCAGCUGGUUUUGGCGGUGCUGGCCCUGCUGCGAGCUGAGGUGCACUGGGCUAUACUGCACACCUCCUGCCUCGCCCAGUCCGCCCCUGUCACGGUAAACCAGAAACUAUUUUGCACUUUCUGGCGGUCUCUGCCACUCUCUCCUGCUGUCAUCUCGUCCGGCUGCUCUCUCCUGCUAUCGCCCUGCUGCGAGCUGAGUCGACUCAAAAGCAAUCCAGGGGUUCUCUUUCUCUCUGCUCUGCGCUGCCCUCUUCUUUUGAGUCGACUCAAAAGCAAUCCAGGGGUUCUCUUUCUCUCUGCUCUGCGCUGCCCUCUUCUUUUGAGUCGACUCAAAAGCAAUCCAGGGGUUCUCUUUCUCUCUGCUCUGCGCUGCCCUCUUCUUUUGAGUCGACUCAAAAGCAAUCCAGGGGUUCUCUUUCUCUCUGCUCUGCGCUGCCCUCUUCUUUUGAGUCGACUCAAAAGCAAUCCAGGGGUUCUCUUUCUCUCUGCUCUGCGCUGCCCUCUUGAGGCACCUAAAGAACGCCUCUCUCGCUCUCUCUUUGCUGCUGAAGUUGGCGGAGCAGAGGCGGACUCAGUGGCAGUGCUGAUCGACACCAUGUUCCGCCUCGUGUCCCUCAUCCAGACCCACAUGCUCGCCAUCCAGGCGCAUGCAUCGUGGCAGGUGCAGUGGGGAGCGAGGCGGGUGAGAGAGCUGAUCGCGCUGCCAGCUGUGCGCCAGCUGGCGAUGAGCGCCCAGCUGGAGGCCUUCUUCUGUGACACGUCAGCGUCCUUGCUGGCAGCCGCCCGGUUCCUCUGCGAUGCUGACGUGGCAUGUGCUGGCGGUGGUGGCAGUGGGGGAGGGAGCAGCAUGGAGUAUGAAGAACGGAUGCAGAUGGUAAGGACUGAAGUAAGGGUUAGGAGUGGAGAGCUCUUUGGGGCAUCUCGAAACACGCUCUGGCAUGCGAUGCGACCAGGUGGCAUGCGAUGCGACCAGGUGGCAUGCGAUGCGACCAGGUGGCAUGCGAUGCGACCAGGUGGCAUGCGAUGCGACCAGGUGGCAUGCGAUGCGACCAGGUGGCAUGCGAUGCGACCAGGUGGCAUGCGAUGCGACCAGGUGGCAUGCGAUGCGACCAGGUGGCAUGCGAUGCGACCAGGUGGCAUGCGAUGCGACCAGGUGGCAUGCGAUGCGACCAGGUGGCAUGCGAUGGGACCAGGUGGCAUGCGAUGCGACCAGGUGGCAUGCGAUGCGACCAGGUGGCAUGCGAUGCGACCAGGUGGCAUGCGAUGCGACCAGGUGGCAUGCGAUGCGACCAGGUGGCAUGCGAUGCGACCAGGUGGCAUGCGAUGCGACCAGGUGGCAUGCGAUGCGACCAGGUGGCAUGCGAUGCGACCAGGUGGCAUGCGAUGCGACCAGGUGGCAUGCGAUGCGACCAGGUGGCAUGCGAUGCGACCAGGUGGCAUGCGAUGCGACCAGGUGGCAUGCGAUGCGACCAGGUGGCAUGCGAUGCGACCAGGUGGCAUGCGAUGCGACCAGGUGGCAUGCGAUGCGACCAGGUGGCAUGCGAUGCAACCAGGUGGCAUGCGAUGCAACCAGGUGGCAUGGCACAGCAUCAGAAGUGAGUGGGUGCAGCUGCACCCGCUGUUCUUCCCUUUCCUGCCCAACCAACUCCUGGGUGCUCUACCCGCUCCCCACCCCACUUCCUCUCUCUCCCAGCACGCCCUCGCCUCCGACCAGCUGGCAUGGCACAGCAUGAGGAGCGAGUGGAUGCAGCUGCAGCUGCUGCUCUCGUCGCCCUUCACGACGGUGUCAGCGAGAGUGCUGCAUCUGGUGUCGGGGGGGGAUGAUGGCCCAACCAGCAUCGUCACAGAGUGCAACCGCCUCUAUGUGUGGUGCAGGUGCAUUGAUCAGCUGCCAGAGGUGGUGGAUGAGCAAGCCUCUUUGCACCUCAUGUGCUACUAUCGACCGCAGAUGACGCAGGUGUUUCGCCAGGUGCUUUUCUCCCCUCACGGCACGCCAUCGCACGCUGUAGGCUGGCUGAUGGUGGCUCAAGCCUUCCUGCACAACCUGCCACUCUCCCUGCCAGACGAGCGUCCCACACUCCUGCCAACAGCAGUGCAGUUUGCCGACUCGCUGCUCCAUGCCAUCACGGGGGGAGUGGACUCGCUUUUCUCUGCACUACAGUCGGACCAGGGGCUGACCGGGCUACACAUUAAGACGCUACCAGCAGCAGCAGCUGUCCUACUGGCAACCACCACUCAAGGCACCGUCGCUGGCCACCAGGCAAACACGCAUCCCUCAGCGGAUCAGCAGCACCAGCUGCUGCUGCAGCUGCUCCCAGGGAGUGAAAGCCAGCCGCACAACCGAGCACACAUUGCCGGCAUAAGCGCAUCACUGCACAAGCUAGUGGGGCUCAUAUCAGCCAUUGACGGCCUGCCACCUGUCCGAGUCGCCGACCAUGCGUUUGUGCCCAGAGAGUACCUGCGGGAGCGCCUCACCCGCCACCUGCACCACCGCCUGCGCUCCGCCAUUCUCCCCAACGGCCACCUGCAGCGCCCCUCCGCAUUUGAGUCCUGCACAACCUCUGACCUUUCCACUACCCCCUCCCUCUCCCCUUUCGCCUCCCUCUCCUCUUCCCCCUCCCUCUCCCCUACAACCCCAUCUUAUCAACAGUACCUGCGGGAGCGCCUCACCCGCCACCUGCACCACCGCCUGCGCUCCGCCAUUCUCCCCAACGGCCACCUGCAGCGCCCCUCCGCCUUCGAGUCCUCCCUCACUCGCUUCCUCCUCCUCCUCCUGCUCCUGCAGCAGCACUGCUCUCUCGACCUCUCUCGAACCAUCCGGGAGGUUCUUCUGGGGGAGGCCUUUCCUAGGAGGGACAGGGGGAAGGGGGAGGAGAUGGAGGAAGGGGAAAGGGCAGGGAGAGGAGAGGGGAGACAUGGGGAGGAGGUUUAUGAGGAGCAGGUUAUGGGGGGGUGCAGGGACUUGCACCCACUGUAUCGGCCUGAGUGGGAGAGAGAGAAGAUUGGGGGAAUGGGGAGGGGAGGUGGGGGAAGGGGGAAGACGGGAGAGGGAGGAGUAGGAGUGGGAGAGGGAGGAGCGUGGGAUGGAGACGGGGAGAAGAGAGGAGGGAUGGAGAGAGGAGGGGAGGAUAGUGGAGGGUUGGAGAGAAUAGGGGAAGAGAGAGGAUGGGAGGAGCGAGGAGGGGUGCAUGGCAAGGCAGUGUCGAGCUCACUAGAUGCUAGGCUGAGGAAGAGUGGCGGAUGGAAAGGACGAUGGUCCGUGGGUUCCAAACAAGGCAAAGGCACGAGCAUGGGGAUAGAUUUGGGAACAGGUAUGGGAACAGGUAUGGGAACAGGUAUGGGAACAGGUAUGGAGGAGAGUUGCAUAGAAGAGGAGGGUCUAGAAGCGAGAGGUGGUGGGAAUGGGGUGGUUGGAGGGCAAGGGGAAGCUUCUGGGCAAGUGCAGGAGGGAGGAAGAAAGGGUGGGUUAGGGUGGAGUGAAGAUGGGGUUGUUGGUGGUGAGAGCUUUGACGGGCCGAGUGCGGCUGUGAUUAUAGCGCGAUGGUACGUUGACAAUGUGGUGUGUGACUGUAAUGAGGCUGGGGUGCUGUUCUCCCCGUUUGACGCCACCUUUAGAAGCACAGCAUGGGGGGGACGUGUAGCAUCACCAUCAUUACCACCAGACGCAGCAGCAGAAGGAGGAGGAGGAAAAGCAGGAGAAGGGGUAGGAACCAGCAGCAGCAGUCCAGUCAAACUCGGAACAGGAAGUCUCCCACCUGGUCAUCUCACUCCCCCUGUGGCCUCCUUUCCUGCACUCGUCCCAGGAGCAGCAGCUGCAGCAGGCGCGUUCAGCCCCCUCCUGCCCUUCCCCAGCCCCAGUCCUUCCCUCGCUACUCCGCCCACUUCCUCCUCCAUCUUCUCCUCCUCCCCCUCCUCCUCUGCCUCCACAUUUCCAUCCUCCUCUGCUGCAUCCCCGUUCACUACGGCGUCCCCUCAGGCUGGUGUCUCUGUGGCUUCGAUCCCCGCCUCCUCCCCCAUCUCCCCAAUCCUCGCCUCACCCAAUUCAUUUCCCCCUGGUGCGGCGUCUGCUGCUGCAGGGGGGGGAAUAGGAGCAGAAGCAGGAGCAGGCGGAGCAGGGGGAGGAGGGGGAGCGGGUGGAUUUGUGGCUCGGCCAGUGAUUGCUGAGCUGGUGGCGGAUGGUGCUGAGCUGGCUGCGUUUGUGAGGCUGUUUGGAUUCUACGGGGCGGAUGAGCUGGCAGGGCGGGUGGUGCGCCCCGUGUUGCUGCGCCUGCUGAGUCGCCUGGAAGCCAUUCUGAGGGCCAACCGGGAUUCCCUAAUGAUGCUCGCAUCCAAGAUGCACCUCUCUCCUCCCUUGCAGGUGAGUUGUUGA